GUGGAAGCUCCGCUUCGUCAACUGGUGCCGCAGGAACUGCCACAGGUUCGAGCGGAACUUCAUCCAGGGCUUCAAGAGUGCGCUCUAGGUCGCGAUCUCGUGGUAGAAUUGGAGGUAGCUCCAAAUAUUUCCCGACCGGAGCUUCCAGGACGGGCAGAGUGACUCCGUGUGGUGCAGCAGCAUGGGCUGGUCCUCCGAGAAGGAAUUCGGAGACCCCACCACCACCUACUAUCG